GUCAUCGUCUACUCAGAUUCAGUGAAACCCUAGUUUUUUUUUUGCUCUCUCCAAGUUCCGUGCGUCUCUGCUCGAGCAAGAUCUCCCACCAGAUACAAUGAUUAUCUCAGAGGCUAACCGCAAAGAGAUCUGCAAAUACCUCUUCAAAGAGGGAGUUUGCUUUGCGAAGAAGGAUUUCAACCUUGCUAAGCAUCCGUUGAUAGAUGUUCCUAACCUGCAAGUGAUCAAGCUCAUGCAGUCUUUCAAAUCCAGGGAGUAUGUUAGGGAGACAUUUGCGUGGAUGCAUUACUACUGGUUUCUGACUAACGAAGGAAUUGAGUUCUUGAGAACUUAUCUCAAUCUUCCAUCUGAUGUUGUUCCUGCUACCUUGAAGAAGUCAGCUAAGCCUGUUGGUCGUCCAUUUGGUGGCCCACCUGGUGAUCGCCCAAGAGGACCUCGUGGUGAAGGAGGAGACCGUCCCAAGUAUGGUGACCGUGAAGGGUACCGUGGAGGUCCUCGUGGUGGUGGUGGUGGUGGUGAGUUUGGAGGUGAAAAAGGUGGAGCUCCAGCAGAUUACAACCCAUCUUUCCAGCAAUCCGGUGGUAGUAGGCCUUUUGGCCGUGGUUCUGGUGGUUACAGCGCAGCUGCACCAUCUGGUUCAGGUCUUCCUUGAAAAGCAAAUGUUUUUAGUUCACUGCAAGACCAUGGAGGAGUUGUUUCAGCUUUAAUUUUGCUUGUGUAAUUCAAAGUUUCAGGAUCCUUCAUUAUCUAUCUGAGUUUAGUUUUGUUGUUGGAGUAAACACUAUUUAAAAUCAUCUUUUCCUCCCAUC